CGUCAUGUAAGGAGGACCACCAGCCCAUCUCACCGGUAUCUUUGACCAGUCGGUAGCCAGCCUGGGGGAAGGCAGAAUACGCCAGAGAUGCAUCGCGAUGGUGAAAUGUGUAUCAGCCCGUCAUGCGGCCGUCCACUUGGCUGCGGCCGUCCAUCUGGCUGCGGGUUCCGCUUUCAACACCAUCCGUCAUCCGUCAUUCAAGACGACGACCAACGAACGGGAUCAACAGAUCAGCCAAGACGCCAUCAGCCCAAAGAUCCUUUUCCCCCAAGGCGAGGUCCCAUCACGCUACCCUUCUUUCCCUCUUUCCCCUCGCUGUGUACCAGUUAAUUUGCUCCCACCACCACCACUACACUGCCGCUCCCACUAUCACCACUACCGCUCCCACCACCACCACAAUCACCAUCACCAACUCUCUCUCUCACGCACACUCCUCUUCUCUCUUCUCCACCCACCGUCCCAAAGCCCAUUCCAGCCCCCGGCCCCAAACCCAGCCCAUCGCUCCCCGCUAACGCAUGCCGUCCGCCCUGUCCCCGUCCAAGGCCGCGCCCCAUUGGCCUCGCGGCGCAGCGCCACUGCUCGCCCUGUUUUUUCUUUUUUUUCCCUCUCGCACCCGCAGCGUCGCAUUGAGCCGAGUGGAGUCGUGUGGCCAAUCUCGCCGCGGGAGCCCAGAGUGGGGAGACAGAGAGAGCCCAGAGGAAACUAUCGGCGCUAUCGGGUGCGCGGGUUGUGCAGUAGUCCUCUCUUUCGUUCUCGGCGCCUCGCUAGGUGAGCUUCGAUGGACCAUUGAGCGAGCUAGCUCAGGAGACGUGCAGCGUUGGACUGCAUCCGGGCCUUUUGGGAAGGGCUCCAUUCCCACGGCCGGCCAUUCCGGGGACGUGUGGUCCGUCUCCGACUGGCAGCAUAGACUAUAGUACCAAGUACCGCUAUACUACUGUCACAAAUGAGCUAGAGUAGAUGCUGCAGCCAACAGUCUAUGUAACAGCCUAGUACAACACUUGG